AUGGACGGACUUGGAACAUUCCUGGUUCUGUUGAUUUUUGGCUACUUCAAGACCUCGCAGGCCAAAUUUGUUUGGAGCACGGGAGGAGCAGCUUCGCUUUUUGUGGCCAUCGCUUUGCCUUUGGACUUAGAGAAUAGGGAAGUUUUUUUAUCCUAUAAUUUUGAAGCGUCCUACGACUUGCCGAGAACCUGGAAAAAGAAACCACCGUUUUUGCGACAUGGAAAUGGCACAAAUGAGGAUAGUUUACUGAGUGAUCACCAUGGCCAUCAUCCGAACGAUGAUUUCGUGUACGAUGACUAUUACGAUGAUGAUCAGCACUCUGGUAACAAGCACAAACACCAUCAUCAUCACGAUAAGAAAAAGAAGAAGUCUAAGCCAAAGCCUGGUUCUAAGCCACAGAAAAAUAAACCCAAGCAUAAGCAUAAGAAAAAGCACAAGUCAAAAUCAAAGCCACCACCGGAAGAGGUGGACAAUGACUACAAGGACUUCUUCCAGGGAUUCCCCUUGGAUGGCAUGGGUGAUCCGGUGGGCAGAGAUCGUCAGCGGAGGUCACUGCUCUCACGUGCCAAAUUCUAUGAGAUUAUCAGCUAUCGGUUCGAAUUGUACGGACUAGGCUCUGGCGAUAACUGCUUACUAAGACUGAUUUGCGAGGCAAAUAGCUACCAGUUGGGAGAUCUCAAUGGUGUUCUGGGCAGCCUAAUCCAUGUAAUGUUCAGUCCCAGUAGCUCUCGAUAUGAGGAGUUACCUAAGCGUUACUACAUCGCCGAACUGGAUGGUCGGAAUGGGAACUGCGGGGGCUAUCGGAGGCAAUGUGAGCAUAGUGUUCUCGACAUGAUCACGCAACCUGUGAAAAAUAAAAACAAAGUGCACUAA